GCUAAUCCCAUUGAAACGGAGUUUAAUUUUAAUCUAUAGAGAGAAUAUCCUGGAACCAGAAGAUAUAUACAUAUAUAUAUUUUUUCCUGUUGCAGGAAAACAUUCUUUCUCAUUUUUUUCUGGAUUCUCUGUUUUCCUGCAAUCUGCUCUUUUCCUUUUGUCAUCUUAGUUAUGAACUGCAAUGCCUGCAUCUUUUUUCUUCUUGUUUUCUUUUUUUUCACCUUGAAUUCAAUCACAGUUGCAAGCAAAGGCUCCGCAUCAGAAUCGGAGUCUUAUAUCCUUGCAUGUGGCGCAUCAAGUGAAGGCACCGAUAGUGAUGGCAGGAAAUGGGAACCUGAUACAAAAUAUGUGAAUUCUUCUGGUAAGUCGAUAACGGCAACAGCCGAUAGUCAAGACUCUUCAUUACCAUCCACAGUCCCGUACAUGACAGCAAGAAUUUUCACAUCUGCAUCCACAUAUAAGUUAUCUGUUCCUAGAAAGAGUCGUCUCUGGGUCAGGCUGUAUUUCUAUCCAUCAACUUAUAGCUCUCUCAAUGCCAAUACUUCCUAUUUCGCUGUUACUGCAAAUGAAUUGCAACUUCUCAAGAAUUUCAGCGCUUCAAUUACGGCCCAGGCUCUCACAAUGGCCUAUAUCAUUAAAGAAUUCUCUUUGACCCCAGUUGAAUCUGGCAACCUCGAUCUCACAUUCACACCCUCUCCAGAUUAUGAUGAUUCAUACGCUUUUGUCAAUGGCAUUGAAAUAAUUCCCAUGCCGGAUAUAUACAACUCUGCGGUGGUGGUUGGUUUCACCGACCAAAUGCUUGAUCUUACCAACUCUUCCUUGCAAACAAUGUUCAGGCUAAACGUUGGUGGACAAUUCAUUCCUGCAUCCAAUGACUCUGGCCUCACAAGAACAUGGUAUGAUGAUACACCCUAUCUGUUUGGCGCAGCUGUUGGUGUCACCGACCAAGCUAACACCACUAUUAAAUAUCCUACCCCAAAUGUUCCCAAGUCUAUUGCCCCGUUAGAUGUUUAUAGUACAGCGAGAACAAUGGGGCCAGAUCCGAAGGUGAAUGCCAAUUAUAAUCUCACUUGGGUAUUUUAUGUUGAUGCCAAUUUUACCUACGUUGUAAGGUUCCAUUUCUGUGAGUUUCAGCUGAGCAGAAGCAACCAGAGACCAUUUAAUAUUUAUAUAAACAACCAAACAGCACAAAAUGGUGCAGAUGUGAUCAGCUGGACAGGGUCUAAAGGAGUGCCAUUCUAUAAGGAUUAUUCUAUAAUGGUUUCUGAUCAGAUUGGUGACGAUCAAUUAUGGGUGGCAUUGCAUCCUACUGUAGAAUUGAAGCCUGAAUACUACGACGCUAUUUUGAAUGGAUUGGAGAUUUUCAAGCUUAAUGACCAAAAUGGUAAUUUGGCUGGCCCGAAUCCUGUUCCAUCGGUAUUGAAGCUCGAGGCAGAAGCAAAGAAGGAAUUUUCUUCAUCGGGAUCCAGCAAGAGUACGAUAAUCGGUGGCAUUGCUGGUGGGGCUGCUGGAUUAGCAGUAGCUGCUAUUAUCUCCAUUUUUGUCCUCAGAAAGAAGAGGGGUCUCAGUGGAAGUAAGUCUGGGAGUCAUAACUGGUUGCCACUAUACGGAAAUUCCCACACGUCUGCGAGCAAAUCUACAAUCUCAGGAAAAAGCAAUGCUAGUAGCCACCUUUCGAGUCUUGCACAAGGUCUAUGUCGCCAUUUUUCAUUGCCAGAGAUCAAACACGCAACCAAGAACUUUGACGAGUCUAAUGUUAUUGGGGUUGGAGGAUUUGGGAAGGUUUACAAAGGCAUUAUUGACCAAGGGACAAAAGUUGCUAUUAAGAGAUCAAACCCGUCUUCAGAACAAGGAGUUAAUGAGUUCCAGACAGAAAUUGAGAUGCUGUCAAAGCUGAGACACAAGCAUUUAGUGUCCUUGAUUGGAUUUUGUGAAGAAGAUGGUGAGAUGGCUCUUGUUUAUGAUUACAUGGCAAAUGGUACUCUCAGGGAACACAUCUACAAGGGCAACAAGCCUACCUCUUCGUUGUCCUGGAAGCAAAGAUUGGAGAUAUGUAUUGGUGCUGCAAGGGGACUUCAUUAUCUUCAUACUGGCGCCAGAUACACGAUCAUUCACAGGGACGUGAAGACAACAAACAUUCUCUUGGAUGAGAAGUGGGUGGCAAAAGUUUCUGAUUUCGGUCUGUCAAAAACAGGUCCUAAUCUCAACCAAAGUCAUGUCAGUACAGUGGUAAAGGGUAGCUUUGGAUACUUAGAUCCUGAGUACUUCAAAAGGCAACAGUUGACAGAAAAAUCCGAUGUGUACUCUUUUGGGGUAGUCCUAUUUGAAGUAUUAUGUGCAAGGCCAGCCCUCAAUCCUAACUUGUCUAAAGAACAAGUCAGUCUUGCAGAUUGGGCUCUACAUUGCCAAAAGAAGGGAAUCAUUGAGGAUAUUAUUGAUCCGCAUAUAAAGGCUGAGAUAAAACCUGAGUGCCUCAAGAAGUUUGCGGAGACAGCUGAGAAGUGCCUGUCUGAUCAUGGGAUCCAUCGUCCUUCAAUGGGUGAUGUGCUGUGGAAUCUUGAAUUCGCUCUCCAAUUGCAAGAUAACCCUAAUGGGGGUAAACUGGUUUCAGAGAGCAAGGGAAAUGACACUUAUGGAAUCAACAGACAGAUGCUUAGCAUUGAGGAGGAGGGUUCGUUAAGUGAGGAUACCGAUGAUACGAGCAAGAACGAAAUUUUUUCACAGAUAGUACAUCCCAGUGGAAGAUAAAGAAAAUUGUUCUACUUCUGUUGCCUUAUCACUAUAUCAGUUUCUUGCUUUGGAGCUAUACAAAUAGUUAGGCUCUUGAACUUGCAAAUUUCAUAGAAUUUGUGCGUUUCUAUAUUCUAUCGUCUGGUAUUUUAGGCCCUCCAAGUUUCUGCUUCAAUUCUAUAGAUUGUAUUGUUGUUGAUUUGCGUCAUUUUAUUUUCCA